AUGCUGAGGCUGUUAUUGAUCAUAUUGAUGGCGCACUUCACGACGAAACAGGCACUCGAAGCGAAGUCACUUAUCACGGAUACCAAUAACGGAAGUAUGGAUAGUAGUACCAAAGAAGAGUUACAGUUAUUCAUAAAUCAAAUAUAUAGUUCCACAAUAGAAUUUAAUGCGUACGAUUUCUUCACGUUGAAUACACAAGUUAUAAAAUCUGCUAUUGCUGCUGGUGCUACAUGUCUUGUUAUUUUGGUCCAAUUUCACUCUGAGAGAAAUUGA